UCUGUGACUGAGCUCUGGUUCAACAGGGCCUUGCACUCUUUUGCAGAGACACAAGCAGCAGCUGAAGUGUCUGGUGAAGCUCCUGACAGAGACUGAUUCCCAAGGGCUGGGAGGCACAAAAAUGAAACGGGAGACUGCUCUCUGGAUGGUUGCCUGCUUACUGCUUUCCUCUCUGCCCACAGGUCAGCUGCACAGCACAUGCCAUGCAUUUGUUGGAGAAACUGUGGUUUUGCCUUGCUCCACCAGCCCUCCUGGAGAGCUGACCCUUACCAAGUCACUGCUCUACUGGCAGAUUGGCACCACGGAGCUGGUGCACUUCUUUCAGAAUGGGCAGGAUUCACUGAAGGACCAGGACAAAAAAUUCCUGGGCAGAACCAGUCUUUUCCUAGACCAGAUGAAGUAUGGCAACCUUUCCUUAAAGAUCUCCAAUGUCCAGUUAGGGGAUGAUGCUGAAUAUUCCUGCAUCUACAGAGAGGCUGAGAGCCACCAAACAAAGAAAUCGACAAUUAAACUGAAAGUAUCAGCUCCACCUAUGAUUGAGGAGCCACCUUCCCCUUCUGAGCAGAAUCAGAUUCCCUCUGGAAGCCCCACGAAUGUGCCAUGUCUGGCUAUGCUUCUCCUCUCUUUCCUCCUCCUGGUCCCCCUGGGGCUUUGGCACUUGUAAGAGGGGAAGCCAACCUUGAAUUUGGGAAGUUCUCCUGCCCAGAGGACCUUUGUGGGCAGGACAGGUCUGUGGGGUCAGUGUGACACCUGCUCCAGAGCCACAGGAGAGAAGCACCAAGAGCUGAGAACAGAACAAGCAUUGGGUGUUUACAUCCCACAUCCCGGUGUUCCAAAAAACCGAGGGCAGCAAAACUCUGAGGUGGCAAAUCUGCUUUUGCAUUUGUUUCUUGGAGCCCACUUUUAGUGCUGCCAGGAUACACAGUUUAUUUUGGAUUGUGUGGGUUUGCUCUCAUGACAGGAUCAAAGGCUCACAAAUCUCCAGGAUCAGGUUGUAGCUGAUCCUGGUGGGAUUUUUGCCUCUCAUCUGCUCUCCCUCAAGACAACUGAAAGGAGGAGUGGGGGCAGCUACCCUCUGUGUCAGACAAAAACUAGAAGUAGGAAGAUACUCCCAUUUAGUGAAAUGUAAGGAUGGAAACUUUGUGAAACUUCAUUCUGUGGAACUUCAGCUUCUUUUUUCACUCCUAAGCGUCAUGGGCUAUCAGUAAGAACCCUUUUUUUCCACAAGAAAUGUAGUAUUUCUUCAGCAGAAGAGUGAGGCUGGCUGAGAAAGUGGGUAGAAGUUCAAAAAAUAUCCACAUAGAGGAAGGAAGUGAUGUAUUACUACAGAAUCCACUGCUAAAUAAGCCAAAAAAUUCAGAAGGCUGAAUUCAGUGUUAUCUUUUUUUUGUCAUUACAUAUGGCAAAGCUGGAUUCUUAAGCUAGAACUGUGCAAUGAGAAAUCGUUACUGUGACAAUGUUACUCCUUUAAAAACAGUACUCUUGGAGGGGAAAAAAA